AUGAAGAAAGUCUCAUCGAAUCUAUUGUCUUUCAUCGAUUUGUGGACAUACGAAAUUGCGAAAUAUUCGACAAGCAAUGAACUACAAUGGUCAUUUAUAUUUGAAGAUGAUGUAAAUUUCGUUCCUCCAUCGAACUUUUCUCUCAAGACUUAUAUAAACGCAAUAGAACAACUAAUGGACCAUCCAGAAAUUCAAUCAAAACAUGGCUUUUUCUACUUAGGAAUCUGUGGUCCAACUUUUUCUAAUAACAGUUCUCUCUUAACUAACAAAGAGUCGAAUAACACGCUUGUCAGCAGGAAAGGCUACGGAUGGUGUUCACAUGCGAUGAGUAUAACAACAAAACGAGCACGAGAUUUUUGGUUUCAUAUGUCAUCAUAUCGUCCAAGUCCCGAAGGAGGCAUUGAUUUGUAUCUAAGACAGUACUCAAUUCAAAGUAAAAACGAAUAUUACAUUCUCGGAUCCAAUGUGCAUUGGCCAUCUAACACAGGACAUUUUGGAAUAGCAUACCAAGAUCGAAAACGAUUUCGAUCGAGAAUGAAUUAG